AUGCAUGCACGCACGUUGGGAGUUUAUCUGACAAAGUUCAAGAAAACUUUUUUUUUUUUUCUUAAAAAAAAGGAAAAAACAUAAACAAAAAUAUAAAUCACUCUGGAGCAUUUUCAAUCAAAACUCAAUCUUUUAUUAAAACUUAACAUGAUCAUCACGAGUACACAAAUGUGUUCAAAACAAGCCCGAAAGGCUACAGGCGCCUGCAGGUUUGAGGGCGCCUCGGCAGCCCGUGACAGCAGCUCCGAGUUUAUAAUCCAAAUGGAAGCGAAACCCGGGCGACCCAUCCGUGAUGAGAGCGGCUAGCAGGGGAGAGAUUGAAAAUGCGGAUGUCUCUUUGGAAAGAGAAAUGAGCGGAUCGAGAGAGCUGCGCGCUGACUGGAAGGAGAGCGAGAGAGAUGGAGGCGGGGGGAAGUCUCUCAGCUCUGCGGGGACUGGAGCGCCCGUGCCCUGGACCGGCGGCGCAGUGCUGGCUAACAUUCAACCCUCCCCUUGUUCCACCACCAGUUCCACACACAAGCAGCGACAGCCUUUGAAGACCCUGCUGCCAUACGGCUGCACACAUCGUGCUUUCACCCCGCAUUCCUCGUCACUCGAAAGUCGGGGUAAACAACCAGAUAUCUUCACGAGUGAUUCCAGACAAUGAAUGGAGAAAUGGACUCUACUGCUAAAGAACCCGUUUGGGAGCAGGAUGACUUGUUGAAGCUGUUGGAUGCCAUGAAGGUGAACUUGCCAGAAAAAGAUCUGGCCAAGUACAAGACAUCUGAGUCCCAUUUGGACUGGGAGAAAGUGGCUUUCAACUCAUACUCUGGAGAGAUGUGCAAACAGAAAUGGCAGGAAGUUUCACGCGAGAUACGCAAAUUCCGCACCCUUACUGAGCUGAUCGUGGAUGCGCAGGACUACAUCAAAAAUCCAUACAAAGGAAAGAAGCUGAAGAAGCACCCAGACUUCCCCAAAAAGCCGUUGACACCGUAUUUCCGUUUCUUUAUGGAGAAGCGUGCCAAGUAUGCUAAACUACAUCCAGAAAUGAGCAACCUAGAUCUCACAAAAAUCCUGUCCAAAAAAUACAAGGAGCUCCCAGAGCGUAAAAAAGAGAAAUAUGUGAAAGACUUUCUCAAAGAAAAGGAGUCUUUCAUGCUCAGCAUGAUGAAGUUCAAGCAAGAUCAUCCUGACCUCCUAGAGAACGUUAACAAGAAGUCCAAUGUUCCAGAGAAGCCCAAGACACCCCAGCAACUGUGGUACUGCCAUGAGAAGAAGGCCUUUCUCAAAACACACCCAGAUGCGACUACCAAAGACAUCAAGGACAGUCUUGGCAAGCAGUGGCCACAGCUCUCAGACAAGAAGAGGAUAAAGUGGAUCGCGAAGUCUUUGGAGCAGCACAAACUGUAUGAGGAAAAGAUGCGUGAGUUUAUUCAGCAGCACCCAGAGAUGAACAUGACGGAGGGAGACAUCGUCAAAUCCACUCUGACCAAAGCAGAGAGACAGCUUAAGGACAAGUUUGAUGGGCGGCCAGACAAACCACCUUCUAAUGGUUACUCUAUGUUCUGUGCUGAGCUGAUGUCCAGUAUGAAAGACGUUCCCAGUACAGAGCGUAUGGUCAUGUGCAGCCAGCGCUGGAAACUCCUUAAACAGAAUGAGAAAGAUGCCUAUCAAAAGCGCUGUGAGCAGAAAAAGAAAGAAUAUGAAGUUGAGAUGAAUCGCUACUUAUUAAGUAUCUCAGAGGAGGAGCAGCAGAGAAUACUGUCAGAACAGAAGAUGGGCAGCUUUAAAAAGGGAGGUGGAGGCAGUAGUCCCGCUUCCAAAAAGAAGAGCUCAAAAGCAAAGUCCAGUACAGAGAAGCCCAAGCCUCCUGUGUCUGCAAUGUUUAUUUUCGCUGAGGAAAAGCGUCCAAAACUUCAACAGGAAAGGCCUGAUCUUUCUGACCUGGAGCUCACCAGACUACUGGCCCGCAUGUGGAACGAGCUUUCUGACAAGAAAAAGGAGAAAUAUAAAAACCUGGAGUUGACGCUGAAGGCAGAGUCUGAAAAACAGAGCAAAGAGGACAAAGGGAAACUACCAGAAACGCCCAAAACAGCUCAGGAAAUCUGGCAACAAAGCGUCAUUGGUGACUAUCUUGCCCGAUUCAAGAAUGAUCGAGCGAAAGCUCAAAAAGCCAUGGAGGCCACCUGGAACACCAUGGAGAAGAAAGAAAAGAUCAUGUGGAUCAAGAAGGCUGCAGAAGACCAAAAGAGAUAUGAAAGAGAGCUGAGUGAGAUGCGAUCGCCUGCCCCAGUCGUCACCCCUGGGAAGAAAAUGAAAUUUGAUGGGGAACCUAAGAAACCGCCCUCGAACGGUUAUCAGAAGUUUUCUCAGGAGAUGCUGUCAAAUGGCGAGCUGAAUCAUCUGCCCAUGAAAGAGCGCAUGGGUGAGAUCGGAGGCCGCUGGCAGCGGCUCGCUCAGAAAGAGAAAGACCGUUACAAAAGGCUGGCAGAAGAGAAACAGAGGCAGUACAAAGUGCUGCUCGAGCAGUGGCUUGCGAGUAUAUCAUCACAAGAGAGAGCUGCAUAUAAAGAAUAUAAUUCACUGAAACGGAGGAGCACAGCAAAACCAGGUGCCACCGCUGCUAAAGUGAAACCCAAGGCCAAACAAUCGGAUGAGGAAGAGGAUGACGACGAAGAUGACGAUGAUGAUGACGACGAGGAAGAAGAUGAAGAAGAGAAGGAAUCUGAUGACGGAUCAUCCUCUGAUGACAGUGACGACGAUGACGAUGAUAAUGAAGAAGACAUGGAGGACGAAGAGGUUGAGGAUAAAGAGAAUAAAUCAGAAAGCAGCAGCAGCGCUUCCAGCUCCGACGAUUCGUCGGGUUCAGACUCGGACUGAGCCAGAGCCGAGUCAGGCUGAGCCCACAGACUGCCAGAAAUGCUGUGAACUGAGCCAUGAGCCGGGGGUCUGAGCCUGCUCUGCACUGCGCUCUUCUCACCACAGGAGGGGGCUCACCCCGCUGUCACACAUCUGCGCCACCUCUCACACAGUCUUUUCCUUUGCUUCUCUUCCGUUCUGUUCUCCCCUGCACUUCUGCUUUUAUUUCUCCCUCCCUCAAAGAAUUCGCUCGGCAGGUUUUAAGGCAUUUUAGGCAACGUGUUCGAGGACGUAUAGUCUAAAUUCCUCCCAA